AUGACACUCUGCGACGAGUGCGACAACGAGGGCGCGCAGCGUUGCGGCGGUUGCAGCUCAAGCUGGUAUUGUUCCAAGGCCUGCCAGAAGAAGGCAUGGCCACUCCACAAAGUCCUCUGCGACAGCCUCAAAGACUUCCAAGACCGCCCAAAAGCCGAGUGGCCUGGUGAGAAGUACACCCGCGCUAUCUACUUCCAUUACGACGAAGGCGCGCCGCGAUUCGUUUGGCUCAGAACCUGCACUGUAGCCGGAGACGAGUACCCGUGGCUGAUGACUUUUCCCGAAGCUCUCACCACCAUCAACCAAGAAGAAGCAGACUCUGAAGAGUACGUCCGGAUGAACAAGGAUGAGAUCUGCCACAACUACGCUCUCGCCCGCCGACUGCCGUACAAUAUCGUGGUCUCAUCCAGGGACAACUUUCUCGGUGAUGGGUCCACACACAACAAGGCCAGCAACAAGAUCAUUGACUUCUAUUCCCGUCACUUGCACGAGUGGCGCGGUCCCAUGAUUGCGCAUGGUACCGACGUCUACGAUGACAACCCUCUCCGCCGGGAACCGUCCUACAGCCAGGAUCUGGGCCCGUCAGAUCUGAAAAUCAUCGCACACUGGCUGAACACCUACUUGUACAAGCCCCAUACUCCCCCAAACAUCAAGAGUAUCCAGCAAGAGUUCCGUGCCGUAUCUGGUGUGCGUAUCAACUGCGAUGGCGAUGUCGAGGUUGACGGUCGUCCUCGUUAUGAGCCGAUGGAACUUCCCGCUUACCACAGGCUCUUCAACCAGGCCGCCACGGACAUCUCCAAACAUAUACAGCUACCCAUCGUUAUCCAGCGUGUUCCUAGAAGUGUUACCUAUUGGAAGAAGCAGUCAGACACUAGUAACACGGCACCUUGGGUGAACAGAGCAGCGACCUUCCUCAAUAGAGCCUGCCAACCCGAGCGCGAAGAAACUGGCGAUUUGGACUAUGUUUGGGGUUUUGCACAUACACAUUGGCAGAGCGAUGUUGGUGCGGUCAUGGUAAUGCGUAAAGACAAGAAGACACUCCUCCCCGAGCAUGUCGAUGCACUUGCUGAGUACCAUGAGGAUUACCUCUCAGACUUCUUCCAGGAGAAGUGGGAGAGUUCGCAUCCGGGUGUUGAGCCUGAGCUGCAGCGCAGCACGGCGUGGGUUAUGCAGGAGAUCACCAAGGACAAGUUCGAGGAGUUCUACGUGGACUGGAAGUCGAGGCAGGUGGACGAGGUGAAGCAGCAACAGAUCUCGCCUUACGAAGUCUAG